GGCACACAGCCUCUUUGGGGAGAUCAGCUAAGCUGGUAAGCACCCAAAUCGCCAACUGCCUCGCGUCGCGUCCUUGUAAGACUCGCCGUUUCUGGUGGCUUUUCUUAAUUUUCUCUCUCUUUACCAAAUCCUCAAUUUCCUUUUCUCUUUCUCGCUUUUUCUCGUCGUCCAAACACCAAGCUUUUUGGCAAAAUGGGAAAUUCAGCGAGCAAUAGCCGUAGGUAUCAUCAUCACCGACCAUCACCUGUGCCUCAGCCCCCAGUCACGGCGAGCCAAUAUGCAUUUGCUGCGCCAUCUCAGUAUCCAAAUCCUAAUUUACCUUACCAGUAUCAUCAGUAUCCUCCUGGAUAUUACCCGUCUCAACCUGUGCCGUUUGGUCCGGUUCCUCAUAAUUUCCAUCGCUAUCCUUGUGGUGUUGCUCCGCCGAUGGUUUCGCCUCCCGUUGAGCAUCAAAAGGCGGUUACAAUAAGAAAUGAUGUGAAUAUAAGGAAAGAUAGCAUUAGAGUUGAGGAGGACGAUGAGAAUCCUGGAAAGUUCCUCAUCGCGUUUACUUUUGACGCCACAGCCCCCGGAAGCAUUACAAUUGGUUUUUUCGCUAAAGAAGGUGUAAACUGUAACCUGAUUGCAACAAAAGAAAAUGUGCUUCAACCUGUAAAAGUAUUUUUUGAGCAAGGUCUUGAUCAGAAGUUUAGACAGCCUUCUGGAACAGGUAUUGAUUUCUCAAUGUUUGAGGAUAAAGAGUUAAAGGAGGAAAGUCCUGAGGGAGUUUAUCCUCUCAUGGUGAAGGCUGAGGUGUGCCCAUUGAAUAAUGAUGAAUUGGAAGCUAAUUCAACUGGGAAUGCGCAGAUCACCUUGGCUGUGUUUGAUAAAAAAAUGAAUGAUAAGUACCUCGCCCGGGUGAUGAAACAGAUCCUAUGGGUGAAUAGUACGAGAUAUGAGCUGCAGGAGAUUUAUGGGAUUGGGAACUCUGUGGAAGUUGAAUCUGAUGAGAAUGAUUCUGGAAAAGAAUGUGUGAUCUGCUUGUCAGAACCACGAGACACUACUGUUCUCCCAUGCCGACACAUGUGUAUGUGCAGUACAUGUGCCAAGGUUUUGCGAUUUCAAACAGACCGAUGCCCCAUCUGCAGGCAACCAGUUGAGCGCCUCCUGGAAAUUAAGGUGAAGGACGGAGGUGAUGAUUGAAUGAUUUUCUACCCUAAUUGCAAGGUUUCUGGGUACUCGGUAAUUUAUUCAGUUUCUCUUCCAUAUCUUCCUCUCAGAAAUGGAAGAUAUGGUGUGAAUUUUAUUUCCUUGUCUCACCCUAAUGGAAUUCUUUAUGAUCAUAUGUAUACAAUUUAAUUCCUGUUUUAUAAGCUUUUUAAAAUAGUCAUGGUCGGUUGUCUGCCGAUCAAGAGUUACCAUGUAAAUAAGAUAGUUUCUGGCAAGAAACUAUGGUUGAGUUGCAUCAUUUCAUUAUUGAUGUUGCGCAGCUAAUCUUGCUGGUCCCUUGUUGAUCUGUGAGAGUGGCUUAUUCACGACUUUAUACUGUAGCUGAAGGCUUGUGAGUGAGCGAAAUAAUGUGUAAUCAACCAUAGAAAAUAUGAAUGGAACAUUUGAGCAAGACAUAUCAUGUGGAAA